AUGGGUGUACCAAAAUUUUAUCGAUGGAUAUCUGAACGAUAUCCUAAUAUCAGUCGAGUGAUUAAUGAUAAUCAGAUCCCUGAUUUUGACAAUUUCUAUUUGGAUAUGAAUGGAAUAAUUCAUGCAUGUUCACAUAUAAAUGAUGAUAAUUGUGAAACAAGUGUAACAGAAGAAGAAAUAUUUCGAAACAUUUUUCAUUAUAUUGAUUUUCUUUUUCGAAUGAUUAAACCAAAGAAAGUCUUUUUUCUGGCUGUUGAUGGUGUUGCACCAAGAGCAAAAAUGAAUCAACAACGAGCAAGACGAUUUCGGGCUGGUCGAGAUCGUAUUAAAAAAUUGAAAACAUUAGCUGAAAAAACUGGUCAAACAUUAAAAGAAACAAUGGCUCAUCAUUUUGAUACUAAUGCAAUUACACCUGGAACAAAAUUUAUGACAAAUCUUGAUGAACAAUUAAAAUAUUUUAUCAAUGUUAAACUCACUACUGAUCCAUUAUGGGAAGGUGUUGACAUUCAUUUAUCAGGUCAUUUGACACCAGGUGAGGGUGAACAUAAAAUAAUGGAAUAUAUUCGUUACACACGUUCACAACCAGGAUAUGAUAUUAAUACUAGACAUUGUUUAUAUGGACUUGAUGCUGAUUUAAUUAUGCUUGGUUUAGUUACACAUGAAAUGCAUUUUGCACUUUUACGUGAAGAAGUUAAAUAUAAUUCAAAAAAGAUCUCCAAAAUUCUGACACCAGAAGAAAUCAAUUGGCAUUUAUUACAAUUAUGUUUACUACGUGAUUAUAUUGAUCUUGAAUUUCGUUCAAUUAAAGAAAAAUUGAAAUUUCCAUAUGAUCUUGAAAGUAUUGUUGAUGAUUGGAUACUUAUGGGUUAUUUAGUAGGCAAUGAUUUUAUUCCACAUUUACCACAUGUUCAUAUUAAUCAAGAUGCUUUACCACUUCUGUGGGAAACAUAUAAAAUAAUAUUACCAACACUUGAUGGUUAUAUGAAUGAUUCAGGUGAUUUAAAUUUAUCACGUUUUCAAAUCUAUUUAACUGAACUAUCAAAAUAUGAUUAUGAAAGAUUUAAAAAAGAAAAUGAUUCAUUACAACAAUUAGAAAAAUUCCAUGUAUCAAAUACAAAAAAAUCUGAACUUGACAGAGAUCAAACUCCAAAUACGGGUUUUAGUGUUGAUAUAAUGGAGAAAUUAAUGAUAACAACAACAAUAAAUCUUAAAAAAGAAUCUAAUGGUAAUAAUGAAAGUGAUUCUAAUGGUCAAAUGAUUGAUAAUUUCAUUAGUAAUGAACGAAAAACACUAAAUAUUCCCUCAUCAUCAUCAUCUGAUGAUGAUGAUAUUCCACCACCAGUGUAUCCCGAUGCUGAUGAUGAUGGUCUAUCAUCAGAUUCUGAACAUUUUAGUGAUAAUGAUAAUGAACAAAAGAAAAUUUUAAGAAUAUCAUCAAAAAUAAUUUCAAAUGAAAAUAAUGAUUCGACAUCAACAAUUGAAGUUCAAUUUCGUCAACAUAAGAAUCAUUAUUAUCGUGACAAAAUGAAAAGUGGAGUAGUAUCAAAUGAAAAACUUCAAACAUAUGUUCAACAAUAUAUUGAAGCAUUACAAUGGAUUUUAAAAUAUUAUUAUCAAGGUUGUCCAUCAUGGUCCUGGUUUUAUCCACAUCAUUAUGCACCAUAUUUAUCAGAUUUAACUGAUUUUAAAGAUCUUCAAUUUACAUUCGAGACAGGAACACCAUUUAAACCAUUUGAACAACUUCUAGGUGUUCUUCCACCAACUAGUCGUUAUUUAUUACCAACUGCUUUACAAUCAUUAAUGGUUGAUGCUGAAAGUCCAUUAUUACAUUUCUAUCCAGAAGAUUUUCUAUUAGAUCAAAAUGAAAAAAAACAAGACUGGGAAGCUAUUGUUCUAUUACCAUUCAUUGAUGAACAACUUCUUUUAAAUUCAAUAAAAAAAUAUUAUCCAAAUCUGGAUGCUAAUGAACAAAGUCGUAAUCAACAUUUACCAUCAUUAUGUUUUAAAUCGACAACAACUUUACAUUCAAUUAAUAAUACAUUUGCUAAUAAUCCAUAUUUUCCACCAUUAAAACAAACACGUGCAAUAUGUACUGAAUAUCCUGUUGAUUAUUAUCGAUCUAAUGGUUUAAAAUUUAAACAUGGAAGAUUUGAUGAAACAAAUAUGAUAUAUUAUCCAAAAUUUCCUGUUUUAAAUAUUUUACCAUAUAACUUUGAAUUUAAAAAAGGUGCUGUUGAUAUAUUUGAAUCACGUUCAAAAUCAACAACACUUGUUUUAAAUUUAAUACAUCAACCGGAUACAGAUUGUAUAAUUUAUAAUGAUAAAUGGGAUCCAAAAGAUAAUGAUAAUAAUCAACCAUAUCAAAUAAUAAAUCGUCAUUUAUUAAUUGAACGUUAUCUUGGUAAACGUGUUUUUGUUAAUUGGCCACAUUUUGAUUAUGGUGUUGUUUGUGCUAUAAGUGAUUUUCGACAUUUUUAUACUUGGUCAAAUAUUCCUGGUGGUUCACAUUUUAGUUUUCGACCAUUAACAAAUGAUGAUAAUCAAGAUAAUAAAAAUUACAAUCAAACACCUAUCUAUGUAUCACGUUAUCCAUUUGAAAUAAAUGAUGAAAAUAAUAAAACAAUAACAAGUAAAACAUAUUCAUUAGAUCCAAUACAAACACAGAUGGAAUAUACAAAGGCAAUAAAUAUUAAUCGACGAUAUGAAAAUCGACAAGGUGUUAAAAUAGGGCCAAUACCUUUAUUACUUUAUGUAUGUCCAUUAAUUGGUUAUCGUACUAAAUGUUUAUCAACAUCGGAUAAAUGUCAAACAACAAUGUGUUUUUCAAACCAAGCAUUAGCUUAUCCAUUACAAACAACAGUAUUGACAAUACCAAAUUAUAAAUAUGAUUUAUUUCAAUUUCCUCAAACAAUUCAUGAUUAUUUUAAAAUUAAUGAUCCAAUAUUUACUUGUCAAACACCAUAUUAUUCAUGUAUGGGUUAUGUACAACAGAUAAUUAAAGAUAAUAAUGGAAAAUAUAUGGUUGAAUGUCGUAUGGAACCAUCUGAUAUAACAAACCAACCUGAUAUACAUUCAUUAUCAAACAGACUUAGUCGUUUACAAUUAAAUUAUUGGACAGCACAACAGGUUGCUGAAUAUUUACAAACAAUGCCAUUUGUUAUAUCAAAACUAACAGGAACAAUUAUUGUAACGAGUGGAACAGGAGGACGUGAAAAUAUAAAUCGAAUUAAUGUUGGAUUUUCAUGGAAAGGAAAUAAACCUGUUAAACAACUUUAUGGUUAUACGAAAAAAGAAGACCAAGUAUGGCUUUAUUCUGAUGCUGCAGUACUCAUUAUUUCAGAUUAUAUGUUGCAAUUUCCUGAAAUUAUUGCGGAAUUAGUAAAAAAACCCAAAGAUGAUACAUAUCCAGAAUUAAAUAUUUGGUCAACAAGAAAAGGCAAAUCUCGAUUACAAGAAGUUCGUACAUGGAUUAAAAAUUUGCCAACAUAUUCAAUGCCACUUAUGGAUGGUGCUUGGCAAGUACUUGAUGCACCUGUUAUAAAAGAAAUAGAUCGAUUAACAAAAUUAUUCUACACAAAACAAUCAAUAAAAAAUUCUAAUGAAAAAACAAAAUUAAUUUCACUUGAAGCAAAUCGUAUCUUUAAACCAAGUGAACCAUGUGGUAUGUGUGAUUUAGAUAUUGAAACACGUUAUGAUCUUUAUGAUCGUGUUAUUACUGUUCGUCUUGGUACUGGUGUACCACUUGGUACACGUGGUACAAUUAUUGGUGUUAUGCUUGGUCAAACACAUUUAGAUACAUAUUAUGAAGUUUUAUUUGAUCACUUACCCAAAAAUAGUCUUGAAGCUAUUUUACUUGGUAAAAAUAAUCAACAAUGUCGAAUUAAAGUUCGUUCUUAUCAUCUACUUAAUUAUUCUCAUUCACUUCGUAUUCGUUCAAUAACUAAUUAUCAACAACAACGAUCAAUGGCGGGUGAAAAUGUUUGGGAAAAAAGAUUAUUAGAACAAUCAUCAACAUCUCGACAAUCACAAGGACAACAACACCAGCAACAACCGACUCGAAUUCUUAAACGAACUUCAAAUGAUAAUAAUUCAACAGUAACAACACCAAAAUCUGCACCACCAGCAACUUCUACACAAGAAAAACCUAGUUUUGUUGAAAUAACAACUACUUCUAUUAAAGAACAACAUAUGAUAAUGGAGUCUACACCUUCAAUAUCAACAGAAAAAUCAACAUUGCCUCAAGUAACAACAACCCAUUCAUUAUUAGAUUCACCAUGUCAAAAAAAUUCUCUGUUACCCCCAUCACCAGUUGAAAAACUUCCUGAACCAGAACUAAAUAUUUCACCAGCAAAUACAACCUUCCCAAUUGCCAGUGAAUCAACAACACCAUUGACAUCUUUUCAUACAAAUCCGAGACCAGAUUCUUUAUUAUUGCGUGCCAUUCAAGAAUCGAAACAAAUGCAGAAUCUCAUUGAACAACAACCGAAUACUCAAUCAACAAUAGUUCAACAGCCAUGGGAUACAAUUCCACCACCUUCAUUACCAAUAGUACAACAAAAACCUAAUGAUCUGUCUAAAUCUGUUCAACAGUCAUGUAAAACCAUUCCAACAUCAUCACUAUCAACACAGCAACAACCUGUUGAUCUUCUUAUGUCACGUCAACAAACAUGGGAAACUCCAACACGUCAACCAGCUCCAAAUACAUUCUUUGCGCAAGCGAUUGAAAAUAUGUCACGUGCACCACCAUCUUCAUUACUAUCUUCCCAUUCUGAACAACAAUCAUCAAUAUAUAGUAGUCCAUCGCAAUCGGAAUCAUUUCAACAGCAACAGCAACAACAGGCACCUCGCUCUAUUCUUCAACGUGCGAUUCAACAAAGUGAGCAACAAUUUAAUACAAAUCAAACAUCUUUUGCAAUAUCAAAUGAAUUUACGAAUGUCGCACCUUUUCAACCAUUUGAUUUAUUAUCUUCAAAUACAUAUCCUGGUUUCCCUAUUGCACCUUUACUCAAUCAAGCUCCAUCUCAAUAUCAGCAACAAAUACCAAUCCCAUCGAACAAUAUACGCAUGGGAUCAUCUCAUACAAUGUCUAGUCCUCAUAUGCCUCAUAAUUCUCCACCAUCACAAUCACAAACAGCACAACAAAUGAGUUCACCUCGUAUGACAGGUGGAUCAACUCUUCAAUUUGUUCCAUCACAAGUUCUACGUAAUAUGUCUAAGAAUCACAAAUAA